CCCCAUUUCCCCGCACCGCCCCCCCCACCCCGUUUCGUCCCGCAGUCCUGCAGCCGCGCUGCAGAAUCCGGAUCCCUGGGUUCAUACAGGAUUGUGCAGAGCAGGGUGGGAAGAUUGGACUUUGCAAUAGAAGCAGCAUCCCUGGGACGUGGUGGAGGGAGACGCCACCCUGGGGGGGGGGGACAGUGGACCCGCCCUGAUCUAGCCCGGCCCAGCCUAGUUCUGCGGGGCCUGAGCGCCCCGCCCAGGAGCUGGCUCUGAAAUAGACCACUGAAGUCUGAGAGCGUGGCCAUCAUGGACAAGAUCCUCGAGGCCGUGGUGACUUCCUCCUAUCCUGCAAGCGUGAAGCAGGGCUUGGUGAGGCGCGUGCUGGAGGCUGCGCGGCAACCGCUGGAGCGCGAGCAGUGCCUGGCACUGCUGGCUCUGGGCGCGCGCCUGUACGUGGGAGGUGCGGAUGAGCUGCCGCGACGCGUGGGCUGCCAGCUGUUGCACGUGGCAGGUCGCCACCACCCUGAGGUCUUCGCGGAGUUCUUUAGCGCGCGCCGCGUGCUACGCCUGUUGCAGGGCGGUGCCGGCCCGCCGGGUGUCCGCGCCCUGGCCUGCGUGCAGCUGGGCCUACAGCUGCUGCCCGAGGGGCCCGCGGCGGACGAGGUGUUCGCGCUGCUCCGGCGGGAGGUGCUGCGCACCGUGUGUGAGCGCCCGGGGCCCGCUGCCUGCGCGCAAGUGGCCCGGCUCCUGGCACGCCACCCGCGCUGUGUGCCCGACGGCCCGCACCGGCUGCUUUUCUGCCAGCAGCUGGUGCGUUGCCUCGGCCGCUUCCGCUGCCCCUCAGAGGGCGAGGAGGGUGCCGUGGAGUUCCUGGAGCAGGCCCAGCAGGUGAGCGGGCUCCUGGCGCAGCUGUGGCGCACACAGCCCGCCGCCAUCCUGCCCUGUCUCAAGGAGCUCUUUGCAGUCAUCUCUUGCACAGAGGAGGAGCCCCCGUCUAGUGCCUUGGCCAGCGUGGUCCAGCACCUCCCACUGGAGCUCAUGGAUGGCGUGGUCCGCAAUCUCAGUAAUGACGACAGUGUGACGGACUCCCAGAUGCUGACUGCCAUCAGCAGGAUGAUCGACUGGGUGUCCUGGCCUCUGGGGAAGAACAUUGACAAGUGGAUCAUUGCACUGCUGAAGGGCCUGGCUGCUGUUAAGAAGUUCAGCAUCUUGAUCGAGGUUUCACUGGCCAAAAUUGAGAAGGUCUUCUCCAAGCUGCUGUACCCUAUCGUCCGGGGAGCUGCCUUGUCUGUCCUCAAGUACAUGCUGCUGACUUUCCAGCAUUCCCACGAGGCUUUCCACUUGCUCCUCCCUCACAUCCCCCCCAUGGUGACCUCUCUGGUCAAGGAAGACUCGAACUCAGGGACCAGCUGCCUGGAGCAGCUGGCGGAGCUGGUCCACUGCAUGGUGUUCCGGUUCCCAGGCUUCCCAGACCUGUAUGAGCCUGUCAUGGAGGCCAUCAAGGACCUCCACGUUCCCAAUGAGGACCGCAUCAAGCAGCUGCUGGGGCAGGAUGCCUGGACCUCACAGAAGAGCGAGCUGGCCGGCUUCUAUCCUCGGCUCAUGGCCAAGUCAGACACGGGCAAGAUUGGUUUAAUCAAUUUGGGCAACACCUGCUACGUGAACAGCAUCCUGCAGGCUUUGUUCAUGGCUUCCGACUUUCGACACUGUGUGCUCCGUCUGACUGAGAACAACUCGCAGCCCUUGAUGACUAAGCUGCAGUGGCUCUUUGCCUUCCUGGAGCACAGCCAGAGGCCCGCCAUCUCACCUGAGAACUUCCUCUCUGCGUCCUGGACACCCUGGUUCAGCCCUGGAACCCAGCAGGACUGUUCAGAGUAUCUGAAGUACCUGCUGGAUCGGCUGCACGAAGAGGAGAAGACAGGCACAAGGAUCUGCCAAAAGCUCAAGCAGUCCAGCCUGCCCUCUCCCCCUGAGGAGCCCCCCAGUCCGAGCCCAACCUCUGUGGAGAAGAUGUUCGGGGGCAAGAUUGUGACCCGGAUAUGCUGCCUCCACUGCCUCAACGUCUCCUCCCGUGAGGAGGCCUUCACAGACCUCUCUCUUGCCUUUCCUCCUCCCGAGCGCUGUCGCCGCCGCCGCCUGGGCUCUGUGAUGUUCCCUGCAGAGGAGGUUGGAGCCCGGGAGCCCCCGUCUGUCCCCCAAGCCCCAGCUGCCAGCAGGGUGGGUCCUCGGAGACAAAGGAAACACUGCAUCACUGGGGACACCCCGCCAACCUUGCUGGACAUCGAGGGCCAGGCCCCUCCUGGAGCUGGGGAGCAGGGUAGGCCAGAGGAGGAAAGGAAGGAGGAGCCGGUGGAGAGGGAGGAGGAAGGCAAGGAGGUGACCGUGACAGAGGAGGAAGAACAGGGAAAGGCGGAGGAGGAGGAAGGGGCAAAGGAAAAGGAAGAGGAGGGAGAGAAGGAAAAAGAGCAAGAGGAGGCAGAGGAGAAAAAGGAAAAAAAAGAAAAGGAAAAAGAGGAAGAGGCAGCUGAGAAGGAGGCAGAGCAGGAAGGGGACAGCUUGGGACGAGGGAUGCACAAAGAUGCUGCUCCCCCCUCCAGGGAGCAGCUGUGUGGCCCUGAAGGCUCCCGCUCUGUCCUGGACCUGGUCAACUACUUCCUGUCCCCCGAGAGACUGACCGCAGAGAACCGCUACUACUGCGAGUCAUGCGCCUCCCUGCAGGACGCGGAGAGGGUGGUGGAGCUGAGCCAGGGCCCGCGCUACCUCAUCCUCACGCUGCUGCGCUUCUCCUUCGACCUGCGCACCAUGCGGCGCCGCAAGAUCCUGGACGAUGUCACCAUCCCCCUGCUGCUCCGCCUGCCGCUGGCCGGGGGCCGGGGCCAGGCCUACGACCUCUGCAGUGUUGUGGUACACUCUGGCGUGUCCUCCGAGAGCGGCCACUACUACUGCUAUGCCCGCGAGGGCGCUGCCCGCCCAGCCCCUUCCCUGGGAACUGCAGACAGGCCAGAGCCUGAAAACCAGUGGUACCUGUUCAAUGACACUCGGGUGUCCUUCUCCUCCUUUGAGUCUGUGAGCAAUGUCACCUCUUUCUUCCCCAAAGAUACAGCCUACGUGCUCUUUUACCGCCAGCGGCCUGCGGAGGGUUCCAAGACCGAGCCGGGCUCUCCCCGAGCCCGCACAGAGCCCACCCUCCACAAGGACCUGAUGGAAGCCAUUUCCAAGGACAACAUCCUCUACCUGCAGGAGCAGGAGAAAGAGGCGCGGAGCAGGGCGGCCUAUAUCUCUGCACUCCCCGCAUCCCCACACUGGGGCAGGGGCUUCGAUGAAGACAAAGAUGAGGAUGAAGGCUCGCCGGGGGGCUGCAACCCUGCAGGUGGCAAUGGUGGUGACUUCCACAGACUGGUCUUCUAAUGUGAGCCCUCCCUAGUCUGCUCCCAUCCAUGGGCCACCACAGCCCCCUCACAGGACUUGGCCCCUUUCUCCUGGGCACCAGGUGGUGGGGGCUCAGGUCCUAGGCAGAGCUGCUGUGCUGGUGGGGUCGGGAGCUGUGGAGGUCUGGUCCAGGGCUCAAGAGGCCCAAGGAUGAGUAAGCAGUUUCUGGGUCAGUCUGAAGCGUACGCAGACACUCAGAUAUGGAGGCAAGAUCCAGGCCCAGUACUGAGAUCAGGGCUGAUAAGAUGUACACCCAAGUGUCCUGACUGAUUUGGAGCAUCCAGCCCUUGGGCAGCCCUUCCCUCCUGCAGCUCUGGCUUGAUAGUGUAGAAAGCACAGAGGGACCCACAGGAUGUCAGGGCCUGAGAGGAGAAGGGGGCUCCACAUCAUUUUUACUGGGCCGUCUUCAUAUUUCUUCAAGAGGAUUUGGGUCAGGUAUGUGGGUGCUUUCUGGGGGUGCCUGUAUCGACUACUUUUCCAAGGUGUGCAGGUGAGAAGCAGUGUGGCACAGAAUCAGAGGAAAAAUCUUACCUGCCUUGCCUUCCCCAAGCAACAUGAGGGUAGGCAGGCCCCUCCCCUAUCCCUCCAGCCUGCCUCAGUGCCUGAAAUGUCACUAUUUGCAUCCCCCUUCUGGUAAAGGUAGAAAAAUCUCUAUUUUAUUGCAAAGAUAUUUGUUCAUCAGGAAGCCAUCGUCUGUCUGAGGGAGCUGGCUGGCUCGGCUCCUCUGACCCAUUGGCCAUUGAGAUGAUUGAGUGGGAGUGGACUGUGACAUACAGAUGUUGACCUCACUGUCCUGUGCAACUGCUAUAGCCCUUUCUAAAUGGAGAGGAAACCUGUGUUCCCCACCAGGAAUAAAACUAGUUCUCUGAA